GAAAGCCCGUGCACGGUUUGAUUGUCGCGUGAGAUCCAGUGACCUUGCGCUUCUGAAAUGACGUGUAACACGUACUGCCUGCAUGUAUUUUUAGGGUUUAUAUUUCCAUUCCUUAUGAAUAAGACAACAUCCUCACGAAAGAGACUCGAAUCUCCUGGUCGCUAAGUCUGAGAGGUGACAUUCUGCAUUUAAGCAUGUCUGUUUUUAGAACGUAUUGCUAUAUUUACUAUGUAGUGGGUUUAUAUGAACACUAGAUGGCGGUUUCAGCUUAAGCUCACUCUAUUCGUAUUGGCUCGUCCCACCUGUAAACGCAACUUUUCUCAUACAAAGGUACCUACAGAUUUCUGCAAAACACGUCUACCUUAGCAGCCUACAGCAUAAAACAAUAAACUAACUUUUAAAAAGUUGAGCACUACUUUUUCCAGCGGACAAUUAAAUAACCAAACCUUAAUGCUGAACGACUUAAAACUGCCAUUGCUCCUAACGGUGUAUGAUUAGCACACACCCCUGUGGCGUAGCAGUUUUAACAUCUGAAAACACUGAACCACGUGGAUGCUGCUGCUGUAUUUACGUCUUCGUGUUUCUGCGACUGCCGGAGAGGCGCACAGGUCGUGCAGCUAUUGGCCAGCCAAACUUCAGGGCCGUCCGAUCGGCUUACACAAGUCCGGAGGAUGCGCCCUGUUUAGCUCAAGCGUCGCGCGUCUCUGAUUCCUGUGGCUGUACAUCUGGACAACCGUGAAAUGUCCGUUUACACACUUAAUCAGUUCUGGGUGGAACCAAAUAAUUAACUACAGAUAACUCUAUACUGUAUAGUAAUAGGAGGGGGUUUUUUGUAUUAUAAGUACAUUUUAGUGAGAAAAACAAAAGUAGAAGGGUAAGUUGUCGCGAGCUGGUCGCGAGCAAGGAUUAACGGAUGCGCAGAGAGAUGCCCGGCGCGCGGCUUCUGGUGCUCAGUCUCGCUUGUGGUGGGUUGGUGUCGCUCCUGGGAUGUCAGCUACCGGCCGAGUGGAGACCCCUGAGCGAGAGCUGUCGCGCAGAGCUCGCGGAGAUCAUAGUGUACGCCAAGGUGCUGGCAGUCCACGAAGAGUCGCGCGCGCCGAGCACGCACCGUCACCCCUGGUACCCGCACGAGCGCGCGGGGGACGGGCUGCUUUACGCAGCAGAAGUGGAGCUGCUGUGUGACCAAGCAUGGGGCAGUAUGCUGGAGGUGCCCGCGGGCUCUCGCCUCAACGUCUCAGGUCUGGGAUACCUCUCCUGCCAGUCGCACACAGUGCUGGAAAGCUACUCUUAUAUUUUCUUCCUUAGGAUGGAUGAAAACUAUAACAUCUUGCCCCAUGGCGUUAACUACCAGGACGCCAUCUUCCCCGACACUCAAGAGAACCGUCACCUGUUCUCCAGCCUGUUCCAGUUUUCCAACUGCUCCAGUGGACACACGCUGUACUCCACCCCCAACUGGGAACACCAGGAGGACAGCAGGCUUUUCUGCUCGACAGUGCAGCAGCUGCUGUCGGAGGAGGAGGUGCGAGUGGGCCGCCUGCAGGAGCGUGUGGCUGAGCUGGAGAGGAGAAACACACAGCUGAGAGAUCGUCUCAGGAAGCUGAAACGCUCUCUGCGAAAGGCACGCCACAAGCAUCUUGGCCCCACCCAGACCAGCCCCGCCCACCGCUCCAACGCCAUCACUUCUCCACUCGGGCCUCCACAUCACACGAUUGCACGUGGCCUGUGAACACACACACACACACACACACACACACACACACGCAUGCCCACACAUAUUCGUGCCCCGUGAAGGUGUGCACACUCAUAGCCCAUGAGCCGACCCAACUCCUUUAGAGUCCAGUAGAGACAACACCCCCCCCAUCCUUACACUCCCCCCAAUAUACAGCCACUCUUCUCCCGUAAUCAGUGAGUGUCUUUAUAUGCACAGUUAAUAACAGUCGUACUCAAAACACUCUGCAAACUGUAAAUAGAUUAAAUCUUGCAAACUUUGACACAUGUAUUUUUUUUACAGUUGUCUGCAAUGUAACUAUGGUCAGGUUAUUGAUAUACUGUGUUGUUUUUACUAAAUAAAGUGAAUAUUAAGACUA